AUGUCAGCUUCAAGUGGGAACAUAGCCAUAGGGUGUAGGCAGCUCCACCGACCCCACGCCGCGUUUGCUACGUCCUCUUCCGCCUCCCCUCCUUCCUCCCCCCCUUGUUGUCCCUGUCCGCCCGCGCACGAGCUGUGCUUCCGGCAACGGCUCCUCUCCACGGCCGCCGUCAGGGCGUUUCGCCGCCUUGCCUCCCCCUUGUGCCCCCCCCGCUGCUGCUCCUGUCCUGCGCUGUCCCCCUCUGCUUGGCUUCUGCGUUGCGUUUCCCCUCGCCCCUCUCGCCCCUUUUCUUUCCGCUGCCGUGGCUGCCGUUUCCCUCCCCUUCCCCCUCCCCCGCUUCCCGGCGCCACUUUGAUUACUCCCGCCAUUCACCGCCAGCAACCGGUGCGCCGCUGCCACUUUCCCCCCUUGGCGGCCUUCCCCCAACUGUCUCAUUUCUCCCCGGACUUCAACCCCGCCCUCCCCCCGUGUUGCUUCUCCUUGCUCCCCCACAGCCCUUCCCCCAUUUCCUGCGACCGCCCGCCAAUCAGGAGAGAGCACGAGGGCGCUCGAGGUCCCUUCGGCGUGAAGCGCGCCGAGCUGGCGCGGAAGGAGGCGGGUGAGGAGCGGGAGAAGCAGCAGCGCCGCAGAGUUCAUCCCCGCGACUCGCGCAGAUCGGCGGGUGUAUGGACGUUGCCACGCGCGCGAAGCUCUUGCGCCUUUAAGCUCCCCCGCGUCCGCCCCUCCCUUCCCCCAUGCCUCCCUCCCCCCGCCGCACCCCUCCCCCGCCCCUCCCUACCUCCGCCCGCGGCGGUAGGUACUGGCGACCCACGGGCGCGCGCGAGCGGCGCGAAUGACGCUGCCGCACCACAGCUGCCUCACGCCCAUGUUCAUGCCCGUGGGCACGCAAGGGGCGCCCCCCACCACCACCUCGCCAACCUGUCUGGCGCUGACAGUACCACUCAAGUGAUUCGCCUCACAGCCUUCCUUCCCCUGUCCUCUCCCCAUUCUCCCGAGGCAGGCACGAUUAAGGGGCUGACGGCACGGCAGCUGGGCGAGUUGGGCUGCCAGGUGGUGCUGGGGAAGGCAACACCUACCACCUCGCCAACCCCGUACAAUAAAGGGCCUAACAGCGCAGCAGCUGGGCGAGUUGGGCUGCCAGGUGGCACAAUCAAGGGGCUAACGGCGCAGCAGCUGGGCGAGCUGGGCUGCCAGGUGGUGCUGGGGAACACAUACCACCUCGCCAACCGCCCCGGCGCUGACGUCAUUGCUGAGGCAGGCGGGCUGCAUGCGUUCAUGGACUGGCCACGUGGACUGCUCACCGACUCGGGGGGGUUUCAGAUGGUGUCUUUGCUGCACCUGGCGGACAUCACAGAGCAAGGGGUGGAGUUCCAGUCGCCUGUGGACGGCACGCGCAUGCUGCUCACGCCUGAGGAGUCCAUUGCUAUUCAGAACAAGAUCGGUGCUGACAUCAUCAUGGCUCUGGAUGACGUGGUCAGCAGCCUGGUGUCAGGCCCGCGCAUUGAGGAGGCGACUCAUCGCACGCUGAGGUGGAUGGAUCGAUGCAUGCAGGCCCACAGCCGGCCGCACGAUCAGAACCUCUUUGGGAUCGUGCAGGGAGGGCUGGACCCUAAGCUCAGGGACAUCUGUCUGAAGGGGCUCAUUGACAGAGACCUACCCGGGUAUGCAAUUGGUGGGCUGGCGGGCGGCGAGGACAAGGAGUCGUUUUGGCGAGUAGUGGCGCAGUGCACGGCAGCGCUGCCGGCCAACAAGCCACGAUACGUCAUGGGAGUGGGGUACCCAUUGGACAUAGUGGUGUGUUCGGCCCUGGGAGCAGACAUGUACGACUGUGUUUACCCCACGCGCACGGCCCGUUUCGGCACGGCUCUGAUACCAGAGGGCGUGUUGAAGCUCAAGCAUGCUGCCAUGGCACAUGACCACCGCCCCAUCGACCCCUCCUGCUCCUGCCUGGCAUGCCGCAGCUUCUCACGGGCCUAUCUGCACUCGCUGGUGACCAAGGACCCCGUGGGCUGCCACCUGCUCACCAUCCACAACAUCGCCUACAUGAUGCAGCUCUCGAGGUCAAUGCACGACGCCAUUCUCAAUAACACCUUCCCCAGUUUUGUGGUCGAAUUUCUCCAAAAACAGGGGGACGUGCCGCAGUGGGUGCAGGCAGCCAUGCAGACUGCCGCUAUCGACAUAUCCCCAGCUCUGCACCCGGCUCGCGUGUUGUGA